ACGCUGGCUUUUCAGUGGGCGCGUCCCUCCUGGGGGCGUCACCAGACAGCCCCAGGCGGAGGUGGCGGCGGCCCAUCCUCAUGCAAACUGCAGUGUAAGAACUGGGGCCCAGGACUCCCCGCAAACGUGGGACGCUGACAUUCUGUGGUGCUGUCCCAAUGCCAUUUCAAAGCGCUCAGCCCCCAACUUUCCAACUAAUAGCCAUUUCAGGGAGGGACUGCCCAGGACCAGGCUUUUGAUGAACCACGUUCAGGGUGUCGUCUUGGGAGAGCCACGUCAGUCCCUCUGAGAUUCCAAACGGCCGACAGAGGACACCUCGGGACCACAUCCGAGCCUCAGCGACCUGUCAAGACGCCAUCGACGAUCCUGGACCACAUCUCGCCCGGCAAGGGAAGGGUCGCGACCGGACCCUGGAGACAGACGGCUGCCUGGCGAUCUGAACCCACCCCGGCGCUGCCCUCCCGCCCCCACUUCCGAUCGGUCGAAGGUCACGUGCCCUGACCCCGCCCCCGCAGACGCGGCUCCUCUAGCUGAGAGCUGCGAGCGUCCCGGCUUCCCUUCCGCCGGAAGUAGGGCGACUUUCCUUUUCCGGCUACGGGUCCCCAAGCAGAGCGGGAGGCCGGACCGGGGAGCCAAGCGGCGGCGUCGGCUGCGGGGGCGACGGCGGCGGGGGCGGUAAUGGCGGAGCUGGUGCAGGGGCAGAGCGCUCCUGUGGGGAUGAAGGCCGAGGGCUUCGUGGACGCCCUGCACCGGGUCCGACAGAUUGCUGCUAAAAUUGAUUCAAUUCCUCACUUGAAUAAUUCCACACCUCUAGUGGACCCCUCAGUAUAUGGAUAUGGAGUACAAAAACGACCCUUGGAUGAUGGAGUAGGUAACCAGUUAGGGGCCUUGGUACAUCAAAGGACAGUAAUAACGGAAGAAUUCAAAGUGCCUGACAAAAUGGUUGGAUUUAUUAUCGGCAGGGGAGGUGAGCAGAUUUCACGGAUUCAAGCAGAAUCUGGUUGCAAAAUUCAGAUUGCUUCAGAGAGUUCUGGGAUUCCAGAGAGGCCCUGUGUACUUACCGGAACCCCAGAAAGUAUUGAACAAGCCAAACGGCUCCUGGGACAGAUUGUGGACCGCUGUCGAAAUGGACCUGGCUUUCAUAAUGACAUAGACAGCAACAGCACAAUCCAGGAGAUUCUCAUUCCCGCAUCUAAAGUGGGUCUGGUCAUCGGCAGAGGAGGGGAAACAAUCAAGCAGUUGCAGGAGCGGACAGGAGUGAAGAUGGUCAUGAUCCAGGAUGGCCCAUUGCCCACGGGAGCAGACAAGCCUCUUCGUAUCACUGGAGACGCAUUUAAAGUACAGCAAGCAAGAGAAAUGGUACUAGAGAUUAUCCGAGAAAAAGACCAAGCUGACUUUCGGGGUGUACGUGGUGAUUUCAACUCCCGAAUGGGAGGAGGCAGUAUAGAGGUAUCUGUGCCUAGGUUUGCUGUGGGCAUUGUAAUAGGAAGAAACGGGGAAAUGAUCAAAAAGAUCCAGAAUGAUGCUGGUGUGAGGAUUCAGUUUAAACCAGAUGAUGGGAUUAGUCCAGAAAGAGCUGCCCAGGUCAUGGGCCCUCCGGAUCGGUGUCACCACGCAGCGCACAUCAUCAGCGAGCUGAUUCUCACAGCCCAGGAAAGAGACGGCUUUGGAGGCCUGGCAGCAGCCAGAGGAAGAGGUCGUGGCCGUGGCGACUGGAGCGUGGGAGCCCCUGGUGGCGUCCAGGAGAUAACAUACACGGUGCCAGCCGAUAAGUGUGGCCUUGUCAUAGGCAAAGGGGGUGAGAACAUCAAAAGCAUCAACCAGCAGUCAGGGGCGCACGUGGAGCUUCAGAGGAACCCCCCUCCCAACAGCGACCCCAACCUGCGGAGAUUCACCAUCAGGGGGGUUCCCCAGCAGAUCGAGGUGGCCAGGCAGCUCAUAGAUGAGAAAGUUGGCGGGACCAAUCUCGGAGCACCUGGAGCCUUCGGACAGAGUCCCUUCAGCCAGCCACCUGCCCCACCUCAUCAAAAUACCUUUCCUCCGAGGAGCUCCGGGUGCUUCCCAAACAUGGCUGCCAAGGUGAACGGGAACCCCCACAGCACCCCCGUGAGUGGUCCUCCGGCCUUUCUGACCCAGGGCUGGGGCAGCACCUACCAGGCGUGGCAGCAGCCCACACAGCAGGUCCCAAGCCAGCAGAGCCAGCCGCAGAGCAGCCAGCCCAGCUACAGCAAGGCCUGGGAAGACUAUUACAAAAAACAGAGUCACGCCGCCAGUGCUGCUCCUCAGGCCAGCUCCCCACCGGACUACACAAUGGCCUGGGCAGAAUAUUACAGACAGCAGGUCGCUUUCUACGGACAGACAUUAGGGCAGGCGCAGGCCCACAGCCAGGAGCAGUAGGACAGUGUCCUCGUGGCCAACUUUCCUUCAAAAUCAUUGUCAAAGAAAACCUAUUUGUAACAGAGGUUUUUACAUUCGCAGACCUUUUGAUGAAGAACCGUUGUUUUGUUCUGUGAAACACUAUAUUUAGAUUAACGGAAUUUUUCUAAAAAUCGGGAAAAUUAGUUACUAAAAAUUGCUCAUCAUUUUUGUUUCAUUAUUUUUGUUAUUUCAAAUGUAUAAGCUCUGGGAUUCUUUUUGGAGCAAUACCUACAAAGUCAGGCACCAGAACGUGCCUCAGAGCUGUGACAUUUCAACAUGAUGGUUUCGGUUUUGUUUUGUUUUGUUUUGUGUCCUUUUUAUUUGCAGUUUUUUCUGUUGCAACAGAAAGUGGCUUGGAAGUCUUAGGUGGUAUGUAACAAAUUCUUUUUAAAAAUUUUAAAGCAGUAUUUAAGUAUUCUUAAAUGUGUAAAUUCAUUUAAUGUUUUACUUCUAAUUUGUUGUAUCUUGGCUGUCUGGUUUUAUUGCAUUUUUUAAAAAACUGAACUAUUAUGUAUUGUAAUGAAUGAUGUGAAUUCUGAAUUGAGACAGAUAAUUGUAUUGCUGUCCAACAGGGGUUGGGAGGGGCAUUUUGUAGGGUUUGUAUAAUUUCUAGAGUUCUAAAGGGGUAAUAUAAAAAUGUGUUCGUGUGUUUAGCAUACGUUUGUUUCAUGUCUCCAUUACCAGUCGCAACUGUGUAUCUAAGACCUCCAAGCUUGUUUUUAAAACAAAACAAAAAACCUUUCUCUAUUCUCUCAGAAAUAUAAAUACUGUUAUUUUUAAUAUUAAGAAAUUCAAUAUAACUUUUAACACACACUGUGGAACAUUAAACCGUAUAAAAAUGUAGUUAUAACUAUUUUUAAUUCCAAGGUGGUGUUUGCUCUUUUCUUUUAAAUAUUUUCUUAAUAUUUUGUCAGAUUAACUAGAUGAAUAAAUUAGUAUUAACCGCAUUAUGAAUUAAAUAAUUUUGAUUUAAUAAAAGGGAUAAUAUGAUUUCCAGUGUUUACUGUAGUGUAUCUUGUACAGAUAACAUGUAUUUUUAAAGGAAAAAAAACGGAAUUGAAGCUAUUUUUUCUUGCAUUUCUAAUUGACCUGAGGGACAUUCCGUUUGAAAUGUACUGAAGUUACAGUUUCUGGUUUUUUCUCCUUAUUUUUCUUAUAAUGCUUGAAAUGUCUAACUAUUAAAAAAGACAAUUGGAAAAUGUUAUGCAUGUGGUUUUUAAGAAAAAAAGUGUUCUUUUUAUUUGACUGACAAUUCAUUUUACACUCUAUAUAAUAAAAUUUCCACAAGACAUCUUGUGGGCAAAGUC